AUGGAGGGUUCCUGGGCAAGGGUGGUGCCUGCUGCGGCCUCGGCCUCCGAUGCGUUGCCACGGCCCACAACCACUGCCAGCAGUGCCGGUGCUGCCGAGAGCGGAGGAGUUGUUGGGGAGUUCGACGGUGGAGCCAUGAGCCGAGGAAUGGCUUCGGCUUCGCCUACCAGAUCGAGCAGCCGAGUGUUGGCCGGCCGAGUGUUGGCCGGCCGAAUGUUUGCCGCUUUGCGUCAAGGUGUUCGUCGCCAGGCGCAGGUUGCGGCAGAGACGGUGGAAGCCGAUGUGGGGUCUGGGGAGUUGUGGGACGAAGGCUUGUUGUGGGUCGGUGGGCCAUGGUCCAUGGCCAUGCCGGAGAGGAGAGCCCAGCUGAAAAGCAGAGGCGCCAAAGAAGACGAGGAAUUGGAGCGUCUGAAGGCAGAGAUUGCGGAGCAGAUGGAGCUACUACAAGAGAUGUAUGCGGAGGCACAUGUGCGGAAAUGCAAGGAAUUGGAGCGUCUGAAGGCAGAGAUUGCGGAGCAGAUGGAGCUAUUGCAACAAGAUAUGCGUGAGGAGGCAGGGCUGCGGAAAUGCAAGGAAUUGGAGCGUCUGAAGGCAGAGAUUGCGGAGCAGAUGGAGCUAUUGCAACAAGAUAUGCGUGGGGAGGCAGGGCUGCGGAAAUGCAAGGAAUUGGAGCGUCUGAAGGCAGAGAUUGCGGAGCAGAUGGAGCUAUUGCAACAAGAUAUGCGUGAGGAGGCAGGGCUGCGAAAAUGCAAGGAAUUGGAGCGUCUGAAGGCAGAGAUUGCGGAGCAGAUGGAGCUAUUGCAACAAGAUAUGCGUGAGGAGCAGGGCUGCGGAAAUGCAAGGAAUUGGAGCGUCUGA